UGGACAACCAGGAAGUCCAAGCCACAAUGAUCCUGCCAAGAAUCCACCAGUGUACCUUGAGGACAGUUUUGUAAAAUCUGGAGUCUUCAACGUGUCAGAACUUGUGAGGGUGUCCAGAACACCCAUAACCCAAGGAACUGGAGUGAAUUUCCCAAUUGGAGAGCUUCCAAGCCAGCCAUAUUACCAUGAUAUGAAUUCGGGUGUAAAUCUGCAGAGGUCUUUGUCCUCUCCACCAAGCAGCAAAAGACCCAAAACUAUCUCCAUAGAUGAAAAUAUGGAGCCAAGCCCGACAGGAGACUUUUAUCCUUCUCCAAAUUCACCAGCUGCGGGGAGUCGGACAUGGCAUGAAAGAGAUCAAGAUAUGUCUUCUCCUACAAUGAAGAAACCUGAAAAGCCUUUGUUUAGUCCUACUUCUCCCCAGGAUUCUUCACCGAGACUGAGCACUUUUCCCCAGCAUCACCAUCCAGGAAUUCCAGGAGUUGCACACAGUGUCAUCUCAACUAGGACUCCACCUCCACCUUCACCAUUGCCAUUUCCAGCACAAGCUAUUCUCCCUCCUGCCCCAUCUAGCUACUUCUCUCAUCCAACGAUCAGAUAUCCUCCCCACCUGAAUCCUCAGGAUACUCUGAAGAAUUAUGUACCUUCGUACGACCCGUCCAGCCCGCAGACUAGCCAGCCUAACAGCAGUGGUCAAGUAGUAGGGAAAGUGCCUGGCCAUUUUACUCCAGUUUUGGCACCCUCUCCCCAUCACAGUGCGGUGCGACCUGUGACCCUGACCAUGACAGAUACUAAACCCAUCACUACAUCCACUGAAGGUGAGGCAUCUUCACCUACAGCAACCACCUACACAGCCUCAGGCACAUCCCAAGCCAAUCGAUAUGUGGGACUAGGCCCAAGAGACCCAUCCUUCCUACACCAGCAACAGUCCUGGUACCUGGGCUAGCUUGGUUCCUUUUCAAGUUUCUAAUAGGACACCGAUCCUGCCAACAAACGUCCCAAAUUACGGUUUGAACAUAAUUGGAGAGCCUUUCCUUCAAGCAGAAACAAGCAACUGAGGGAAAAAAAAAAAAGGCAAAUUUCAAAAAGAAAGGAAGACAGGAGGAGAAAAGAAACUGAAGAAAGAAGAAAAAAUAGACCAGCAAUUGCAGCUCUUACAAUCACUAAUUUCUUUAUGGUUGAAACUGAAAUGACAUACAAAGGGUCGAUGAUAUUUCACUGAUGAGUAGAAUGCAGCCCCUGCUAAGUAGCCUUUGUUAUAUGAAGUCUGCUGGGAAAUAGAUGUUCUGUCUCUGACAAUAUAUUUUAACUGACUUUCUAGAUGCCUUAAUAUUUGCAUGAUAAGCUAGUUUUAUUGGUUUAGUAUUCUUGUUGUUUACGCAUGGGAUCACUAUUCCUGGUUAUCUCACAAAACAAAGGCUAGGCAGCAGCAACAGAGCUGCAGGAGGACAAGGGCCGUAGCCAGCCAUUUUCUCAACACUCUGAUUUCUAGAUGUUUUAAAAAUAAGCUCUGUAGCCUUUAGUUAUUAGUAUGGAUUUAUUAAACUUUGGCCCUUAAUUCAGCCUUUUCCUAGUGUGUUAUGCAGUUUGACAUUUUCAAUCAAGUAUGAACACACAGGCUCUAUGGAAGAAAUGCCUCUAUGUAGGUAUAAGUGUUAUCUCCUCAUGCAACAGUAAAAAAGAAAAAGAAAAAAAUGAGCGUUUUCCCCACUAAAGAAACACAGAGGCAAGUGCAAUUUAAAAAUCAUAUCUAAUGGGUCAUCAUUAUAAGUCCUUCAGCCCUUGGACUCUAAAUUGAGGGGAUUAAAAAUAGAAAUGAAAAUUAGAUUGAACAAACUUAUUUUUCCCCUCAGUUUUUGAGGGCAUUAAAAGGCAUUAAAUCAAGACAAAUCAUGUCCUUGAGAAAAAGAGAUCAAUGGAAACACAGCACUUAUGUUGGUUUAGCUGCUGCCUCCACACAGGGGUAGGAUUUAUUUAUUUAAAGUUACUGGUUGCAUCAAGAACCCAUAGGGUUUACAUGUUUCUGUAAAAUCUGCAUCAUAGAGACAAAGAGAUAGGCAAAUCCAUGUCACAAGGGCAAAGCUUACCGUUUACAAACUGGUAAUACCAGGAUGGGGAUAUGUUAUAUUUAAAUAAUGCACUCGUAAGUUUAGUUGCAGGGUGCUGAAAACUUGCAUGGUGCUUUCAGAAGUUAGCCUUGUUCAACAAUUAUCACAUAUUGACAGAAAUAUAACGUGCAUGGGCAGACAUUUUGCCUCUAUGUCUCUUUAAAAAAAUAAUUAAAAUACUCUUUCCAGUAAUCCUGAUUUGCACGAAGUUAUAAUGUCCACAUUACGUGCCUUGCCUUGAAAUCUAAAAAAAUGGAAAAAAAAACAAAAAAGAAAAAAAAACACACAAAAAAAUUUGACAUCACUACACUUGUUUUGCUGCAUUUAUUAUGAUUUUAAAUCUUUACCAUUUUUAUGACAAAAUAUUUUGUACUCCAGAUGGGAAAAAAGCGUGACAUCAUGGAUUUUUUAGACAGUUAUACCUUUAUCUCACAUUUAUAAAGCAUAUCAUGGCUGUGUAUAGUUGCCGCUUAAAAUUGUAAUCAACCAGCAAUAUUUUCAGUAUUUUGGUGUUUUUUCUAUUAACCUUUCAUGUUUUUCAUCUUCCAAUUAAUAUUGGGGG